AUGAGCGAUAAGUCAGUCAAAGACACAGAAAAGUUCUUCCCCCUGGCCGGCCUCGCGCGGGACGGCUGGUCGACUGCGGAGGAAGCCACAGCGACAUGCUAUUGCGGCGCUGUCCAGCUUGUCUUUCCUCUCUCCAAGCCAGGCUUUCGCGGAUCCUUUGUCUGCCACUGCAGUGACUGCCGCAAAAUCACAGCUUCAAUGUUCACUUCGGCUUUCAUCGUCCUCGACACCCACCUGAGACAGGUUCGCGGAGAAGACAGUAUGAAACAAUUCGGCCAAUCGCGAACAGUCGACCAAACGGAAAUGACCAACUUCUUCUGCGGUACGUGCGGGUCUUUGAUGUACCGUAGGAGCUCGGGCUUCCCAGGAAUAAGCAUCCUCAGGAUUGGGACAGUAGAUGACUUCAAGCUUGCCGAAACUGCGUUGAAGCCAACCUUUGAGCAGUGGGUGGAGCACAAGGUGGGCUGGCUCAAGGAGAUAGAAGAUAUGGCUCAGAUUGAAGGACAAGCGUCGCUGUCGUGA